GGCGAUCAUGAGGAGUUUAACCAAUGCCAGACCCAGCUGAAGCUGCUGUAUCAGGAAGGUCUACAUGGAAACCAACUGGAAUUCCUUGCCUACAGGAUUUUAUACUACAUCUUCACAUCCAACACGCUUGAUAUGACAACUGCCUUGGCAUCUCUUUCCUCAACUUGCAGGCAAGAUGAGUGUGUGUCAUUUGCAUUAAAAGUAAGGUCUGCUUGGGCCCUGAAUAAUUUUCACAAAUUUUUCAAAUUGUCAAAUCAUGCACCAAGAAUGUCUGGUUAUCUGUUGGACUGGUUUGCUGACAGAGCAAGGAAAACAGCACUGAAGACCAUUGUGAAGUCAUAUCGCCCAAUGCUGUCCGUAGAUUUCAUCCUGGCUGAAUUAGGCUUCCCAAACAUGGAGGAUUGUAUAGUGUUCUUGAAGGAAAAAGGGGCAGUCUUGACUCCUGAUGGAACCAGAGUGGACUGUAAAACAUGUGCAACAGCCAUUCAGGCCCUAUAGACUUUAAAAUUAUGAAGGCAGGUCCUUACAUCAUAUCCGCGAAAGGCGGGGGUUACCAUUUUUAUAGAUAUUAGUUCUAGUCUAAAUAUUAAACCGGAAAUCCAAGGCAAGGACUUCGUAGUAAAUCAUGUGGCACUGUCCAGUUCAAGUCAAUAGUUGUAAUUUUUUUUAAAGUUUUCCUAUGGCAGGCAUACGCAUUGCAAUGAAGAAAUAUUCAAGAUGAAGUUAAAUUUUCUAUUUCAUGAGAAGAAGAUCCAUAUUUCAAAGACUUGCAUAAAUAAGAAAGAAAAAAGUCCUGUUUUAAUGUGGAGCUCGAUCGGGUUGUGAUGACGGGAAUGGAA